CGGGAUGCUUCUCAUGUCAGACUGGCAUCAAAGGAGUCCUGGAGCUGCAGAGAGUCAAGGUGGCCCAGUGAGUUAAUUGGUUAUUGACUUGUGAUCGAUCAGUUGGAGAGGAACAGAGAUGGAGAUCUUCGGGAUGGAUUUCAGCUGCGCUUUGGCAUCGCUCGGCAACGGCAAAUUCCCCGACAAAGACUGUCUGCUUCCUCUCAUAUCGAAGCUCCUCGGCUAUUGUAUCGUCGCCGCUUCCACCACCGUCAAAGUGCCACAGAUAUUAAAAAUUUUGAAGCAUAAGAGUGUCCAGGGCCUUAGCGUUGCAGCAUUUGAGCUUGAAGUCAUUGGUUUUACCAUAGCUUUGGCAUAUUGUCUUCACAAAAGACUUCCUUUUUCAGCUUAUGGGGAGCUGGUCUUUCUCUUAAUUCAAGCUAUAAUUUUGGUUGCUAUCAUCUAUUAUUAUUCUCAACCUGUUGGGUCUAAAACAUGGAUUAGAGCAUUACUAUAUUGUGCUGUAGCACCCACCAUUUUGGCUGGCCAGAUUGAUCCAGUUCUUUUCGAAGCUCUAUAUGCUUCUCAGCAUGCAAUUUUUUUCUUUGCAAGAGUGCCUCAAAUAUGGGAGAACUACACUAACAAAAGCACAGGGGAGCUCAGUUUCUUGACAUGUUUUAUGAAUUUUGGUGGUUCCAUUGUAAGAGUUUUCACCAGCAUCCAGGAAAAGGCUCCAACAAGCAUGAUUAUGGGCUCUAUGAUUGGUAUUGUGAUGAAUGGCACCAUCCUCAGUCAGAUACUUCUAUACUGGAAAUCACAUGCAAAGAAAGAGAAGAAAGUAGACUAGAAGCACGUAGAUUGGAUUUCACAAGUAGCUUUGUUUUGUACUGAUGCGGAAUUUAAUGGAAGGUGCAAGUGACCCAUGCUUGCCAUUAUCAUCGUCAUCUAACAGAGGGAUGAAUGAUCUUUCUAUUUAUGAACUUUGUUGUUAUAUUUUAGUCUCUUUAUGGUAUUCUAAGUCCUGAAUAGUUUAGGAUUUCUAGGGUGCCAACCGGAUGAAAAAGUUUACUGUCAUUUAAUCAAAAGUUAAUGGACAAAGAUAGGAUCCUAUUGUCAGUGGAAUCCAUACACAUUGUUAAUUAGAUUUGUCAAUGAAAGGUUAAUUAUAGACUUUUCAGAGUUAA